CAGUGAGUGGAGUCUCAAUCCGAGUGUCUCGGCGGAUUACACGCCCUUUUGAGGAACAAAACAAUCCUAAUCCUGAAGAGGGUGAAUAGCAACUUUGGCUUGGAUAAAUAUUCUAACAUUAUUAUUUUAUUUAAAUUGUUUAACUUUAUUUAAAAAAUGGUGAAUAAAUUGGCAAUGAAGUCAUUACGUUUUGCAAGUUGUACAGAGUUUAUUGAAUCAAAUGUUUAAAUGUAAUUAUUAUUGUAUUUCUUGCACACCAUAGAUGAUAGGCCAUCCUGGACCAUGGACAGGAAGAACCAACACAUAUAAUGAAUUAUUUUUAAAACAUGUUUUUUCAACAAUUCAGACAUGGGUUCUCCCACCUGUAUGCAGAGGACCAUUACGUCUAGCACACCUACCACGACUACCCCAUCCUGUCUAAGAGACAACAGCUCUAAACGACCCAGAAGAAAUAAUAGAAAAGUUAGAAUAAGUCAGUAUGUAGAACAACAGGAAUUGUCACCCUGUGAUGAAGAAGGUAAACAUUUAUAAGUUCUCAUAAAUGAAAGAGAUCAAAUUAAAUAAAGAUUGAAGUUAGAUGCAAUCAAUAGCUGCUAAAAUAUUGUUGACUUCUUAUCAGUUUAUAAAUUAUUUUUAGAGCAUUUAUCCCAAAUAUUAAAUACUAGAGAUAGCCCGCCAAUCACUGGCGACAGCAAUGCAUGAACUUCCCAUCUACUAAAUUUACUUGACAAAACUUGAGCUCAAGUGAUGAACAUUUUAGAAUCCCAAUUUUUGCUACACCCAUAAUACGUCACUGCAUUCUUUUUAUUUCACUCCCAUGAACUUUAUUAAAUAUUCUGAUGUCCCAACCACUUUUAAACCGAAUAUUUUUACACCAUACUUAAUUUAAGACGAUUUCAUUUUCCGAAAAGAAAAUCUUACGCACCAAAUGCAGUGGCGUUAUUUUUAAAAAAUCGGGAAUUAUAUUUUGCAUGCUAUUGAACUCAUUAUUGAACCAUACUUUCCUUCAAACAUAUAAAAUUAUUUGUAAUAUACUCUUAAUACCAAAUACGCUGAAUAGGAAUCAGCCAGAAAUGGAAGCAGUCCAAGAGUCACACCAAUUAUAAUAUAUAUAAGAGAUAAAGUUGUUUUGUUACAUUCCUUUUUCAGGUUUUCACAUGCUGUUCCUUUUUUGAUAACCUGAUUGCAGUCUCUCCCUCUUAUUGCCAUAUUAAAUUGCUCACUGGGAUUGAUAUUAAAUCAAAUAACUAGUGGCAUAUCAAGUUCACUCGAAAUGUAAAAGAAUACCCAAAUUGUGUCCACAUUACCUUAUUUUGAGCAGAGAAUCCAGGAAUGAACUGUGCCGAGUCAACUGAGUUGUCGGUGACUUCCAGCCCUGUUCACUAUGCAGAGACAACUACGAAUGUAGAGUUCACUAAAUCAAAGUCGCCAAAGUUAACUUUACCAGACCUGUCUUAUAAAAUUGGUAAUUAUAUAAGUUCAUUCAUUUCAGUUAGAUCUAUACUAUAAUUUAAACACCUACGUUUUGUCAUUCACAUGGCCAGUGGCAUUCAUUGAGCCCAAUGCUUUCCAAACUGAAUUUCUCCAUACGAUAGUGUUACGCCUGCAGGGUGAAGGUGCGUCACACAAAAAAAUAAGUCAUGCCAAUUAUCGCUCAUGUUUCUAGACAUAAAAUAAUAAUAAUAAUAAUAAUUAGUGGUCUUAAAUAGCGCGGUACCCCAGCCUAGGGCUGGGCUCACCGCGCUGUACAUAAAAAUAUUAGCAAAAGAGACAUAAUCAUGACAUUAAAAUAAAAUACAUUUAUGAAAUAAAAACAGCGUGUAACCAAAACAACAAAAACAAAUGUAUAUUCACCCACCCCACCCCAGAACUUUUAAAUGGCAAACCAUGGACGGCAUGAUGAAAAUGGUAAAUUAUGUUAAAAUUAUGUUCUGCCACACACAGAUGCUUUUUGGCUCUCAUGAGGUCAUUCGCUUUGUCUUUCGUAUGAAUUGUGGGAUAUGAUGUUAACAUUUGGUAGGCAUAAUGAAUUGCAGUCUUUUCCUUUUCAUGGUGUAUGAAGAGGAUUGUGGAUUGGCGUCCAAAAUAUAAACGAAAAGUUUCUUUGAUAUAUAUUGUGGAAUUACAUUUUGUUAUUGCACAUAUAUCUUAAAAUGGGUUAGUAAACCUUAUGUCGGUUAUGGGAGUUCAUUAAUAAUUGUUGCGACUUAAUAUUAUGUUUCAUUACCCCCGGUGUGUGUUUGAGAGAUUGAUUAGUUAAUGAACGCUCUUCCCACGCUUGACUUGGUGACAUAUUUUUAUGCUCAUUAUGAAGUAUUGUCUAGUCUGUUUCGUGACAUAUGUUUUAUUCGUCUGGCAGUCAUGAGAGGAACUUUGUGAAAGGAGGUUGUGUUUUAUUCCCGUCUGAUAGCCAGCUGCGCUAUAUGCAUGUGUUCACGGAAUUUACAGUCUGUGUAUACAAUUAAAUAUUAAAGUUACAUUUAUUGUGAUAAAUGACUUGAGUUGAUUAAGGGCUAGUAUGACGUAUUACAACGUGUGAAAGAACUUGACGAAUUAACCAAUCUAGUAGAAACAUGAGUUUGACACCUUACUUACUGUAUUGCAAAAUGACACAUGUCUGAAAGUGUGUCACCAACAGUUUGGGAAGCACUGCUAUAGCCAGUCGUGUUGCUGAUAUCAGUACAUUUAGGAAUUGAACACUUUUGAAAUAAUGCAAAGAGAUCAAAGGAAAUAUCCUGCCAAGAACAUUUUCAGAUGACUCCUAUUACACUAAAUAAUUAAACAUUACUGUCCUAAAAUUGAAUAAUGCAUUUAAUUAUUAUUAUUAAUGUUUUUUAAUUAUUUUUAAUUUAUCAAGGUUAAAUCAAAUGUAAUAGUAUCUCCUGAGUAAUUGACUUGAAGUUUAUCUCUGGAACUCUCUACAUCUCUUUAAUAGUUCGGCCUCCAGAAACAGUGGAUGUUGGCUUGCGCAGAUCUAAAAGGACAAGGGUCAAGCGUCUAAAUUCAUGCAAGGGGGAAGGCAUUAUCUACAGGAGAG